CACACACACACCUCAAAGAAUUUAUUACCUACACAACUCUGGGGCACAGAAAUAUCAGAGGAGCAUAGAGCAUUACAUUGUGAAGCUGUGAGGACAUCACACAGGACUGAGAACAGUGGCACUGAAAUCUUGAGUUACAAAGACAUUUAAAGAUGUGGAAGAAAUCAAAAAUUACAGAUCAAACAGCCACAGGGCAGGGUGGAACAGAGAAUCAACCUCCCAAGAAGAAAGGUAUCAAAAGGAGAUCGAAGGUUCCUGGGGUUAUGAUUACCCAGUAUGUGGAGGAAUUGCCAGAGGGGAAAUCUACUCCUGAUUUCACCCGCAAACCCAUUGCUUUGACCAUUCAAGAAGGUAAAUUAGCCAUCUUUAAAGCCAUUGUGAUUGGAGAACCCAAGCCUACUGUGUCAUGGAAGAGAGCUAAAGGAGAAAUGAAUGAUCCAGAAAAGUUCCAGAACAAAUAUGACCCUGUAACUAAUGAACAUACUUUAGAGAUGCCCAAAGUUAGUGGUGAAGAAGCUGACACAUACAAAUGCUAUGCUGUAAAUGAGUAUGGAAAGGCGGUCUGCACUGUCAUCCUAAAUGUCAUUGAAGUUGGAUUCAAAAAGAGUAAACAACUGCAAAAGACAGAGAACUUGGAGGAUCCAGCAGAGUUCAGAAACAAGCUUAAAAGAAGAGUUGGGAAAACAGUUGAAAAAAAGGAAGGAGAAAUCGAUGAGUCAGUGUGGGAUCUGUUACUGUCUGCUGAUAAGAAAGACUAUGAGCGUAUUUGUUUUGAGUAUGGCAUCACUGAUUUUCGGGGAAUGCUGAAGAAACUGACUGAGCUGAAGAACCAGCGAGAGCAAGAACAGGCCUUGUUCAUUCAGCACAUCACUAACCUCAAACACAUUGAAGUGAAAUCAGCGAAUUCAGCAACUUUUGAGCUGGACAUCGAACUCAAGGACCCCAACAGUCGCAUUUUCCUCUAUAAAGAUGGCAUCAUGGUCCCAUACAGCAAAGAUGUGGACAGUGAGAUGAAACACUAUUUGAAGCAAGUUGGAAAAAAGUAUGUGUUCACAGUGAAAAAUCUUUCUCCUGAGGAUGCUGGUAUUUAUCAAGUGGAUGUUGAGGGUGUCAAUGUCUUCUCAACAGAUUUCAAGAUACCCCCUGUGGAUUUUCUGGUGAAGAUUCAGGAAGUGAAGGCUGAAGAAAGAGAAGAUGCCAUAUUUGAGUGUGUGACUUCUCUACCAAUGAACCAAAUUUUAUGGACACUGAAAAAUAAUCCCUUAUCCAAUAGUGAUAAAUAUGAUAUUACCGUUUCUGAGGACAAACUGAUUCACCGUCUAAAAGUCAUUGACUGCAUGCCUGUGGAUGCUGGAAUCUAUUCUGCUGUGGCUGGCAUAAAGUCAUGUAGUGCCUGGCUUGUGGUAGAGCCUAAUAAAGAUUCUACCAUGAAAGGUAAAAAGAUAGCCCGAAAAACUACACAGGUCGGUGGCAGUGGAGCUGAUCUGGUGAAAAUUGCUGCUGAGCAGCAAGAAAAAAACAAAAAGGAGAUGGAAGACGCUAUGGAAGCUGCUAAAAGAGCUAAGGCUGAGAGAGAUGCUGCUGCAGCCAAAGCCAAAGCAGAAGCUGAAGCUGCACUGGCUGCAUCAAAGUCUGCUGCAGCUGCAAAAGCAGCAGCUGCUGCUGAAGCUGCUGAGGCUGCACUUGCAGCAGCUAAAGCUAAAGGCAUGUCACAGAAAGAUGCCAAAGCCCAAGCUGAUGCAGCGGCUGCAGCUGCAGCAGCAAAGGCCCAAGCUGAAGCUGAAGCGAAAGCCAGAAAGUUGGCUGAGGCCAAGGCUAAGGAAGCAGGCUUGAGUGCAAAGGACAUUGCUAAGGCAGGAGCAGCUGCUGCUGCCAUGCUUUCUGAAAAUAUAGCUGCAGCAGAGGGACUUGGACUGGACGGAGCAGGCAUGGGGGGUGCAGAAGGUGCUGGUCUAGCAGGAGGUGCUAAUCCUGCAGUAUGUGCUGGUGUUGCAGGAGGUGCUGGUUUUCCAGGAGGCGCUAAUCCUGUAGGAGGUGCUGGUCUUGCAAGAGGUGCUGGUUUUGCAGGAGGUGCUAAUCCUGCAGGAGGUGCUGGUCUUGCAGGAGGUGCUGGUCUAGCAGGAGGCGCUAAUCCUGCAGUAGGUGCUGGUCUUGCAGGAGGUGCUGGUCUAGCAGGAGGGGUUAAUCCUGCAGGAGGUGCUGGUCUUGCAAGAGGUGCUGGUUUUGCAGGAGGUGCUAAUCCUGCAGGAGGUGCUGGUCUUGCAGGAGGUGCUGGUCUAGCAGGAGGCGUUAAUCCUACAGGAGGUGCUGGUUUUGCAGGAGGUGCUGAUCCUGCAGGAGGUACUGGUUCAGUUUUUGCAGGAGGUGCUGGAGAUGGCUGUGGAGCUGGAGGUGUGCGCCAAGCAGGAGUUGAUGCCUUAUUGAAGGAAGGUGCUGAUGCUGGUGCUAAGUCUAAGAAGCAUGCCAGAACAGAAGCAGCUGAAUCUGUCAAAGUUACGGUACCAGAACCAAAUUCAACUGAAGUUGCCCCAGUCAAACAAAUUGGGCAGCCAGACCAGAGUGUGGAACAGCCAAAAAAGAGAGAGGAACAGCCAAAACAGGUUGAGAAGGAGCCAGAGCAAACUGAAGAACAGCCAAAACAGGCUAAGAAGCAAACUCGUGUGAGGCAAGGCCCACUGAUGCCAGACCUAGUCACUGUUGGAGGCAACCCACAUGGUAAUCCAAGCAGUAACCCAGGUCAUAAUCCAAGUGGUAACCCGGGACAUAAUCCAAGUGGUAACCCAGGUCAUAAGCAAGGCAGUAACCCUGGCCAUAAUCCAAGAAGCAACCCACUUCAUAACCCAAAUGACAAUCCGGGUCAUAAUCCAAGUGGUAACCCAGGUCAUAACCCAGGUGGUAACCCAGGUCAUAAGCAAGGCAGUAACCCUGGUCAUAAUCCAAGUGGUAACCCGGGUCAUAACCCAGGUGAUAACCCAGGUCAUAAGCAAGGCAGUAACCCUGGUCAUAAUCCAAGUGACAACCCGGGUCAUAAUCCAAGUGGUAACCCAGAUGGAAAUCCAGAGGGCAACCCAAGUGGCAAUCCAGGUGGCAAUGGUGCCAAACCUGAGGGCAAGGAGGGGGCUUCUCCUGAUGCUGAGGCCACUGAAGGCACAAAAGAUGAGUCAGCUGAGGCUGGCAAGCAUUCAAGCCGCACAAGACAAGGUCCCCUGCUUCCAGAGGAAACCACUGAUCCUGGUGUUCACUUCUCUACUGGCCUGGAAGACUGCAAGGCUAUUGUAGGAGAGACAGCUGAGCUGGUUUGCAAACUCAGCAGUGCAGAUUGUAAGGGGCUCUGGUAUAAAGAUGGAAAAGAGAUUUCUGAUUCUACUGAGGGUAUGACUAUCAGCAAAGAUGGUGCAACUCAUAAACUGAAAAUCCACAAAGUAUCAGAGGAGUUUGCUGGAAAAUAUAAAUUCGAGGCUGAUGGCCGUAAAACUGAGGCUAUGAUUAUUGUUGAAGAUCCACCAAGAUUUGCUGCAAAAGACCUUGAAGCAUUUGCCAAGCCAAGGGUGAUCAAAGCUAAUCAAAGAGCAGAAUUCAAAAUACCGUAUAUUGGCCAUGAGGCCACUAAAAUACAGUGGUAUAAAGAAGGCGAGGAACUUGCACCAGAUGCAAACUGUAAGAUUGAAACUACUGAAAAUCACUGCCGUUUGGCUCUCAGCAAACUACAGCGCAAAGACACAGGAGAAAUUAAAAUCAAAAUAAAAAAUGAGUUUGGUACUGUGGAGGCAAUUAGUAAUCUAAAAGUUCUUGAUAAACCAACUCCGCCUCUUGGACCUCUGGAGAUAGUUGAAGCUUCUUCCAACAGCAUUGAGUUCAAAUGGCGCCCACCAAAAGAUGAUGGGGGUUGCCCAAUUACUCAUUAUUUUCUUGAGCGUAAUCAGGUUGGACGCAACACCUGGAAGAAGAUUGGACAGAUUCCUGGGGAAGCCCAUUACAGAGACACUGAUGUGGAUCAUGGUAGAAGGUACUGUUACCGUAUCAGAGCUGAGACCUCAGAGGGUAUCAGUGAGCUAAUGGAGACUGAAGACGUUCAAGCUGGGACUAAAGCAUAUCCUGGCCCACCAUCUGCCCCUAAAGUGAUCAGUGCCUUCAAGAACUGCAUCACCUUGUCAUGGACCCCUCCAGGCACCACUGGAGGAACCAGCAUUCUGGGUUACAACCUUGAAAAACGCAAAAAGGGCAGCAAUCUGUGGAGCCUUGUUCAUCCACCAGAAGAACCAAUCCAAACCAAGAAAUAUCCUUGUAAAGAUGUUAUUGAGGGCAUGGAGUAUGAGUUUCGAGUUUCGGCUAUCAACAUAUCUGGAGCUGGUGAACCGAGUGCACCAUCCGAGUCAGCGUUCGCUAGAGAUCCUAAAAAACCUCCUGGCAAAGUAAUUGACCUUAAAGUGACAGGCUCCACAUACAACACUUUAUGCCUUUCUUGGACAAAACCAAAAGAAGUAAAAGACGAACAUGAUGAAGCUAAAGGAUAUUUUGUUGAAAUUAGACCUGCAGAGGGCACAGUAUGGAAUUGCUGCAAUAGCAAUGCCAUUAUCAUGACCACCUACACUGUAAAGAGAUUGAAGUCAAUGGCCAUGUACUGGGUGAGAGUGAUAGCCGUGAAUGAAGGUGGAGCAGGAGAACCUAAGGAGCUGAAUAACUAUAUUCUAGCAAUGCCUCCUCCUGUGAGACCAAAAUUCACAGAUGCCAAGAUAAAGAGCUUCAUGAUAGUCAAAGCUGGAAACGCUGGAAGAUUCAACAUUAACUUUGUGGCUUCUCCAUGGCCUGAGAUCAUUUGGCUUAAGGACGGCGUUCCUGUCUCUAAACGUGUCACUGUUAGCAAUACUGAGGGAGGCUCUCAAAUCCUGAUUCCAUCAGCGGAGCGCUCUGAUAGUGGAAUCUACACUAUUGUAGUAAAGAAUGUUGUGGGCCAAGAGACCUUCAGUGUUGAGAUCAGAGUCACAGAUGAGCCUAAGCCUCCUGGCCCUGUGGAGCUUGAUAUGAAUGUGCCAGGCACUGUGACAAUCACUUGGGCAGCUUCACCAGAUGAAAAACGAGACGAUCGUCUGCACUACAUAGUGACCAAGAGGGACUCUGUUAAACAAACCUGGCACACAGUAGCCGAGGGCAUCUACAACAACAGGUUCACAGUCUGCAACAUUAUGCCAGGGAGAGAGUACCAGUUCCGUGUCUAUGCCAAAAAUGACAUGGGACAAUCUGCUCCCUCUGAAUCUCCAAAGUGGUUAAUUACUGAGAAGAAAGAGAAAUACAUUUUAACCCUUCCUGAGUCAAAAGCCUGCAUCCUGGAGACGCCUCCUAAGUUCCUAGUCCCUCUGAAACUGCACACAGCUCCAGAGGGCUAUGAGUGCUACAUGAAUUGUGCUGUGAGAGGCAAUCCCACCCCACAUGUCACAUGGUACCGCAACAACGUCAGUCUCAACACAGACCCCAACUACUACAUCACCAACACAUGUGGGGUCUGCUCCAUGCUCAUCCUGAGGGUGGCUCCCAAAGACACAGGAGAGUAUAAGGUUGUUGCAGAAAAUCCAUUAGGUAGAGCUGAGGUCUCCACCAAGCUGGUAGUCAGAGAAUAAGGCAACUGUUGGAUAAAGGCAAAAAGGCUUCUCUUUUAAGUCUUUAUAAUUAUAUAUUUUGAUGUCUUUCAGUUAAAUUUAGAAAUAACAUGUACAAAUCAAGUGCCCUAUCUUUAAUAUUCUGUUUUGUAUACCAUGUAUGUCCAUGAGGAUGUUGUUGUUGUUGUCGAUUUGCAGUAUGCCUGCUAUUCAGUUCCCAAAACCAUUGGUAUUUUGUUUUUCAUUAGUUUUCAAUUUCUUAUUUUUCUGUUGCUAAGCACUGUUUGCUACUUGCUGUUUAUUACUUUUCCUCGGCAAAACUUAAAGAAUUUAUUUGUAACAAAUGUCAUUUGUUUGUUUGAUGUAAAUGCUGAUGCUUAUACUGCCCAAACAAUACUGAGAGGAUUUUAAGCAAGAUAUACAGUAAUGGUAAACAAUGACAAGAACCAUGGCAUGAAUAAAUGAAUAAAGUUGAUGAGUUAUUUACUGUAAGUUAGUAAAGUAACUGAAUUUCUUUGUAGCAUCAUGAGCAACCUAUGCAUGAGCAGGUACCUAAUCAAUGUUAUAUUUACCAUUUCCCUGCUUGUUACCAUUGCCAAAUACAAAAAUGCAUUCUACUGUUGUGUAUUCACUUAGAGUAAUGCAUUGCUCUUAAUACAUGUGCAAUAAAUUUGGAAAGGAAGCU